CAGAACUAUUAUUUUCUAAAAUUCAGAUGAAGCUCGCGCUGGUUUUAUGGGCUUUUCUGGGCUUGGGCCGAGAAACGUUAUAAUAGCCAUUGGUUCCUUCUCAGCCACAUCAUGGGCCGGGCUCGGAGCAACAACAGCAGCAGCAGUGGAGAGGAAGACGGCGAUGCCGAGUGGAGGGCCGCCAUAGAUUCUGUAACCGCCUGUACCGCCACCUUUACCAAGCAAGAUCCCGACGGUCCUCCGGCAUCUUCCGUCCGCCAUGGAACCCGUGAAGGCGAGGACGGAAAACAAAAACCCCAAAAACUUAAACAUUACCAAAUCAAGUUUCAAGCAUAAUUUUGAUAUUAAAUUUAUAAAUCUGCAGGCACAGAAACUAUUGGAAGACAUGUUAGACAAGGAAAUUGAAGUGGUUAGCUAUACAACUCAUAGUGUAGAUGAAAAUCGUGCAUUCAAUGAUGUUGGAGUUCGACUUUUUAGACGUGCUCCUGCAGGGAUAGUAUUUGAUCGCUUAGCGUGUAUGUUUCUGUUAUUAGAUGAGCAUCAAGGGCCGAAAAAGAAACCCAGAAUUAUCCCUAGAGAAGUGCUUGGUGAAACAUCAAAAGAGUUUAGGAAGCAACUCAAAUCUGCUGCCGUUGAUGGGGCCAAUAUAAUUGCUGCAGCUAAAACUGCACGCGAGAAGUCGUUAGCUAAGCUUGAAGCUCGAGAAGCAGCUGCUAAAGCAGCAAGAGAAAGAGAGGAACAACGUGUAGCUGAGCUUAAAAGGAUUAGGGGAGAAAGAUGGCUUCCUUCAAUUGCAAGACAAAUGCGACUAACCACUCAAUGCAAAAAGUGAUUUUGUGUUUUCAUUGCCGGGAGAUAACAUUUUUAUGGCUCCGUAUGACGUGCAAAGUUUGGGAGUUUUAAGCUCGUAUCUUGCCCACCCUUAGCAAAAAUCGACCAAGAGUAUGUGCAGGUUUGAUGGAGAUUUUGGAUUGUUUGUGUGCAUGGACUUCUGUUAAAAAAAAAAAUGUUCUUUAAUUUGAGAGGAAGAAAGUGAUGUUUCUUGUUUGUGAGUCAUGUGAAAAACAAUUUUGUCUACCUCUAUAGUUUUGUUUGCACAAUUUCCUUCACCAUUAUAAACUUCUUUAAGAACCAUCAGCGUUUUUGUUGGGCUUGAUUAUUUGAAAUGGACAAAAAAAUGACAUUAUGAAUACCGAA